AUGUUCAGAAACUGCAGCCGAGUACAUAUGUUUACAUCAAUGAUUGGACGGAUAUAAAUAGAGCACGAUGUAAAACAUCUGCCUGCCUAAUAAUCAUUAGAAAUGCAGGGAGAAUGUAUGCUCGUCAGUCAGUGGUUCCUUCCAGCUGAAAAGUCAAUGAAAUAUAGGAAGUGAAAACCUACAUUGGCGGUACAGGCAGCGUCCCACCUAUCGCGGCUGACUUCUAGGGGGACUCACUGGCCGCCAUGUGACAACUCCCUGCCGCCUAUGACAUUCAAGAGCACGGCACCAGGAGAGGUAGUUUGCAACUGCCUGCCGCUCAGGCAGUGGGGUUGUGUCGGCACACGGAGGUAGAGGAGGGUAGGGCUGAACAGAGGUGACUACAGUCUUGCAGUAGCUCGGGAGACGUCAGCAUAUGUGCAGUUCUGAUGCUCUAGAUGAGCUCUCAUUAGAGACGGGCGUUUAAAGACAUCGCACGGGAGCUUGUUCGGUGUACGGAGCUGCCGGACUUCCAAAACUACCCGCUCCGCCGACCUGCCCGCCACCUGAAUUUCUUACCCUCCCGUUCUUGUUUGGGUCGCACCCCCUCCGGAAUCCGCACAGAUGAUGAACUUUCUGCGCCGAAGGCUUUCCGACAGCAGCUUCAUCGCCAACCUGCCGAACGGAUACAUGACUGACCUGCAGCGGCCGGAGCCCCCGCAGCCCCCGCCGCCCGUGUCCCCGGCCCCCGAGAGGAGGCAGGCGAGCCAGUCGGCGGGAAGCAGUUUCUUCAGUUCCAUCUCCAACGCCGUCAAGCAGACCACGGCGGCCGCUGCGGCCGGCUUAACGGAGCAAACGUCCGCGGGAGCCGCCAAGAAAGCCAAGAUUCUCCUCAUCAUUGACGAGCCUCACACCGACUGGGCAAAGCUGUUUCGUGGAAAAAAGGUUCAUGGAGAAUAUGAUAUUAGAGUGGAGCAGGCAGAAUUUGCUGAGAUUAAUCUGAUGGCUCAGGCUGAUGGUACCUGUACAGUCGACAUGCAAGUUUUUCGAAAUGGCACCAGAGUUGUCAGAUCCUUCAAGCCUGAUUUUGUCAUUGUGAGGCAACAUCCCUACAGCAUGGCGGAAAAUGAGGAUUUCCGUAAUUUCAUUAUAGGUUUUCAGUAUGGAAAUCUACCAAGCGUGAAUUCACUAGAAUCCAUCUACAACUUCUGUGACAAGCCUUGGGUGUUUGCUCAGUUGGCGAACAUUUACAAAAGGCUGGGUCCAGAGAAAUUUCCACUGAUUGAACAGGUCUUUUAUCCAAAUCAUAAGGAAAUGUUAACCAUGCCAACAUUCCCUGUUGUUGUGAAGAUUGGGCAUGCUCACUCAGGCAUGGGAAAGGUGAAAGUAGAAAACCAUUACGAUUUUCAGGAUAUAGCAAGUGUUGUAGCCUUGGCAAACACCUACGCCACAACAGAACCCUUCAUAGACUCCAAAUAUGAUAUAAGGAUUCAAAAAAUAGGCAGUAAUUACAAGGCUUACAUGAGAACAUCAAUAUCUGGAAACUGGAAAACAAACACUGGAUCAGCCAUGCUUGAACAGAUUGCAAUGACAGAAAGGUACAGACUUUGGGUUGAUGCAUGCUCUGAAAUGUUUGGUGGACUGGACAUCUGUGCUGUGAAGGCUGUCCAUGGAAAGGAUGGGAAGGACUAUAUCAUUGAGGUCAUGGACUGCACAAUGCCACUGAUUGGAGAACACCAGGCUGAAGACAGAGAACUUGUAACUGAACUGGUUUUAGGCAAAAUGAAUCUAUUAAUACCAAGAACACCUAUUCCAUCACCUCAGAGACCUACUGCUACACAGCAACCACAGAGUGGAAGUUUGAAGGAGGCACAGACUCAACCAGGCUCAUUUCCUCAGCAGCGACCUCCACCACAAGGGGGCCCAAUACAACCCCAAGGACCACAUCCACAGUGCCAAGAUCAACUGCAGCAACAGCAUGCUUCUCAUGAGGGGCCACGUCUGCAAGGAGGUGUGCGUCCCGCUGGCCCCCCACCUCUGCUACAAAGGCAACCGAGCCAAGCAACACAGCAACCACAGACUGCUUUGCAAAGCCAGAGACCGCAAAGUCAACCAGUAAAGAGGCAGCCUGAACAAAAGAUGCAAGCACAGCCUCCGUUAAGAUCACAACCAAAGACUCCUCAGCAACAGCCACAGCCACAGCCCCAUCCCCAAUUAAAUAAAUCACAGUCUUUGACCAAUGCAUUCAACUUCACAGAAUCAUCGCUAUUUCGAUCAAAUUUAAAUGAAGAUGAAGCAAAGGCUGAAACAAUUCGUAACUUGAGGAAGUCCUUUGCCAGUUUAUUUUCUGAUUAGAAGAUAGUAAAUGCCCCAAAAUCUUGGAUCACCCCACAUAAAUGUUACACUAAGCUGCAGCGUACUAACCUCGGUGACUUUAGAAAAAAGUUAUUUUCUGUGCCCUAGAUUUAAAUUCUUCUUUUGUGCUGUUUGGAUAUUAUAAUUUGUACAUUGUAAGAUGUGACAAAUGAGCUGCUUUAGACCAGUUAGCUGCAAGAAAAAAAAAGUUAGGCAAAAAUCACACUACAUUUAAGUCAGUACUAGUGUGGUUGCUGAAUGGUUUCAACAGGGCAAAUAAACUAAACUUUAGCAUAUUCACUGUGAUGUUGUGAUAAGUGCACAGAGAUGCCUUAUGGUGAAAGUAACAUUUCUAUAUUUUAUUUCAUAGUGAAGUUUCAUAGUAUGAUAAUCAAUUAAAGUGUGCUUAUUUAUGUUCAGUUCCUUGCCAAGAUGCAAUAUUAGUUAACGAAGUGCUUUUGCAAGUAUCUAUACUAUGACAUAUUGGAUACAGUAUAUAUGUUGUGACAAAUUUACACGUUAUAUAAAAGUCAUCAAAAGUAAUAGAAGUGUACAUCAGUAUUACGUGCUUAUCAACUGAGGAAAGAGUAAAAAUUGAAUUCCUCUAUACUUGUCCUUCUGGAAACACUUUUCUCCUAGAUAUAACAUGUGUAAACAAUUGGAGUUAGUGUUAUAGAAUUACACAUUCAUCUUUACUUAUAUAUGUAUCUUAAAAUGUACUAUUAUAGAUUAUGUGUGUUGUAUAACCUUGUAUAUUGUAUUAAGAUUGCUUAAUCUCUUGCCAUACAACCUUGCAAAACUUGUCUGAACUCAAAACUGAGCACAUGUCUGGUGUACAUAUAUGCAGCCAAUAAAUAAAUAUAUUUGGGGAGAUAUUGCCAAAAAACAUAGCAUCACAACAUAAUGAAUUGUUUCCAUUAGAUUUCAUAAGUGCUAUUGAUGUAUAGAUACCAUUCCUUGAAAUAUACAC